AGAGAGAGAUGAAGAGGACUGCAUAACAGCGUAACAGGCCCACACCUCCACGGAAUCCAUCCUCAAACGCCGCUCUCAGCCAAUCCCUGUAGAGAGAGAGUUUUAGAGAGAGAGAGAGAGAGAGAUCCGAGGGGGUUUUGAAUUGAGGAGGAUAAAAAGUAAAAAGCCCACCCAAUUUACGUUUUCUGGAGCAGGCCGCAAUUCAGAGGGAUAGAGUUUUAGAGAGAGAGAGUUUUAGAGAGAGGGAGAGCGAUUUAGGGGGAGAGACGGAUGGGUAAGUACAUGAGGAAAUGUAGAGGGGGAUUGGGUGGGGUGGCGGUCAUGGAGUUGGCUCAGGUGGCGAGUGGGGUUCGAACCAGGGCUCGCUCUCUUGCUCUGGCGAGGGCUUCGAGCUCCACCGGAGAAUUACAGAUCUCUUACUUAGAGCUUCGCAAUAGGAAGCUGGUUAAGGUUUGGGAGAGAGAGAAACACCGAGAAUUGGCUUCGAGGCCGCAAAAACUAGUAAUUUCGAGUAGGGUGGAGGAGGCGGUCCCUUCGAGCCCGGAUCAAAGGGUUUCGAACUCUUCAAGCGCUGGUUCCUCCAAGGUCGUCGCUGAAACAGGGCAGAAUUUUCAGGCUCAGAUUUCUUUGGAAGAAAACAACACCAUGGUUGAAAAUAACAGAGAAAGGAGAGAGACGACUCCUUGCAGUAACCCCUUGGCGGAAUCAGACGCUCAUGAUUCAACGGAAAUUCCUGCGGAGAUUCAGAUUACGAGGUGUUUCAGCGGCUGUAAACCAUCGGAAAUCUCCGGAAAAUCACCACCGACGGCUGAGAUCGAAGAGUUCUUCGCGAUGGUCGAGAGGGAAGAGCAGAGGCGCUUUUCUGAGAAGUAUAAUUAUGAUGUAGUGAAGGAUGAGGCAUUGUGUGGGCGAUACGAGUGGGUGAGGUUAAAGCCGUGAGAAUUUAUUACUUCCAAGUCACAAAUUCGGUCUUUUUUAACCUAAUUUCUUUUUUUUGCCUUUUCUUUCUCUUUAGUGGUAGCUGUACAGGGAUUAGAGUACCUUUUUAACUUUUUGUUAAUGUAAAAGAAUCGGGGAAAAAAGAAACCCUUUCUUUUUGUUCUCUGUAACAUAAGAAGGAGAUCCCUUUUGGGAAGGCAGUGGAAAUAAAGUUCCCUUGUUUUUUUUUUAAGGUC